AUUUCAAAAUUUUGUAUCAGAAUAAUUUUUCAAUUCUUUAUCUAAAUUUACUACUUUUUUAUAGGUUGCUGGCAAUUUUCAUAUCGCACCAGGUGAUUCACUGCGAGCACAUCGAUCUCACCUCCAUGACUUACACUCGCUUUCUCCUUCUAAAUUCAAUACAAGUCACAUUAUCAACCAUUUUUCCUUUGGGAACCCGUUUCCAGGAAAAGUUUAUCCUCUCGAUGGACAGUUUUUUGGAUCUUCCAAAAAAACAGGUGGUAUUAUGUAUCAGUACCAUUUAAAGUUAGUGCCAAUUUCAUACGUUUUUCUGGAUUCUACUCGAAAUAUAUUCAGCCAUUUAUUCUCAGUCACUACAUAUCAAAAAGAUAUAUCAUUAGGAGCAUCUGGUUUACCUGGUUUUUUCGUACAAUAUGAGUUUUCUCCGUUGAUGGUAAAAUACGAAGAGAAGCAACAGAAACUUUCACAAUUUCUCGUUUCGUUGUGUGCCAUUAUCGGGGGAAUUUUUACAGUUGCAAGUUUGAUCGAUUCAUUAAUUUAUCGGUCUGGAAGAAUAGUCCAGAAAAUCACGCUAAAUAAAUACACGUAG